AUGAGCUGUGAUGAGACGGGAACUUUGGCGCUACGAAUGAGUCUCUGGCAGGAAACACUGCGCGGUCUCAGUAGCUCAUUUCAUGGGCAAAUACGGGUGGAUGUGGAUGAACGAUGGACAAGCGGGCCUUCGAAAUGGUUUUAUCUUCGCCCUCGUCAUAGUGACCAGUUUGACAAAAUAAAGGCACCCACCAAUAAACAACCUCUCGGCGAUCUCAAAUUGUGGCUGUCUUACACGGCCGAUCAUGUGCUACCAAUUGAAGACUACAGUUACUUGAUGACAUCGCUGGCUACGUCGACGAACGUUGGACCAUUUUCAGCUUCUUUAGUCUGCUUACUUGAGCACCUGCCAAAGGUGGAUCUUGGACAUGUCGCGCGACCUAUCGUGCAUGCCAUGAUCAGCACUCGAGAGUUGCGACCACUACUUAAAGCUCUUUAUGUUGUUGACAUUCAACGAUGCCAAGAUCUCAACACACUCUUCCGUAGUCAUACGCUUGCCAGUAAAAUGUUGCACGAACUGCUGCAAAUUUAUGGACGCUCGUAUCUAUUAACCACUUUGAAGCCUGUUAUUGACAAAAUUUACAAAGAGAGGCGUUGUUGUGAAGUUGACCCCAGUCGUACACACCAAGGUCGACCUGACGUCGAACUUCUCGCGCUUUCCUCUUUUCUAAUUAUGAGGUUUUUCGCUGCCGCUGUGCUCAGUCCGAAGACCUUUGGAAUUAAACACGAACAACCGGAACCUCGAGUAGCUCGUACCUUGGUUUUAUUGUCGAAGAUGUUGCAGCGUGUCGCUAACUGUUGCGUUAGUUCACAUCCGCUCACUUCAAAGGAACAAUGGUUGUCAGUGGUCCUGGAAAAGAUUGCCAACGAUGCUCAUUGUGAGGCGAUGAAGAACUUUUUUGACGACGUUUCUUUACAAGCAAAUGAUACUCUGUCACAAACAGUGAGCAAAGCAAUACUCAAAGAAGGCUGCUUGAUCGAAUGUCGACCGGGAUCUCGUGCGCCAUGGCGGCAGUUGAUGUUACAGAAACGACGAUGUGUACGCUUGACGGAUUCCGAACUCAUCUGGCACAAAUCUCAUGAGUAUGUUAUGCCGAAAGGUUCUUUAUCGUUAUCAGACAUCCGCGUCAUUUCAUCAGAUCAGAAGAACUCGUUAAUAAUCGAGAGCGAUAAUCGACAAAUCGUUUUCCAAGCCAUAGGAUCUUCAGAUGCAGCAGAUUGGUUUUCUGCAAUCGAACGUCAACGUAACAAAUUGAAAAGGAAGACAACUCAGAAUUACUUGAAGGAUCUCUGUGAAGGCGACGUCGAAAGAGAGAUGGAAUCUCUUCAUGUUCUUUUAAUGGAACAUAUGGAAACGUUAUCAUAUUGGCAAACGCACUUGGACACUAACGAGCCAUUACCACAGCAGUGUCCGCUAAUCCCGAAGCCACUGGAUGGGAGCAUGUUUGAGGGAGAGGAUCGUAUCACACAUUGUUCUUCCCUAUCCAAAACAAUCGCUGCGACAAUUGCAGCAACGCGCGAUCUCGAAAAGCGUCAUGAGGAAUGUGUGGCGAUUUAUACCAAACAGGGUCAAGGUACGAAGGAAAAUCCAAUUGGCGACGACAACUAUCAACUUUUGAAACGAAGUUUCCAUCGAGAAUAA